GUCCAUAUUUUCCUUCUUAAAACUCUCUGUAGUGCUGUUCCUCUUUUCGAAAGUUGUAUCCCUCCCAGUUUCUCUUUGGUCCUCAGACACUCUCUCACUCUCAGAUUCUCCCUCUAGAAACCGCCAAUUGAAACGCACCUUCAUUCAACACCAACAAUGGCGUCUCUGCCAUUCUCCCUUUCCUUCCUUCUCACCCUCUUGUUGUGUUCGACGGUGACGAUGAUGCUAUUCUCACCCGCCGCUUCACUUACCUGCACGUCUCAGAAACUCACAAGCAACGAGAUAUACUCAAAUUGUAUAGAUCUCCCUCUUCUCUCUUCAUACCUCCAUUGGACCUUCAAUUCCACAAAUUCCUCUCUCUCCAUCGCCUUUGUCGCCGCUCCGGCGGAUUCCGACGGGUGGGUCUCGUGGGCGAUCAACCCCACCGGCGUCGGCAUGGUGGGGGCUCAAGCUUUGAUCGCCUUCAAGAACAACGGUGUUAUGACCGUCAAGACCUAUAAAAUCAGCUCCUACCAAUCUGUAGUACCUGGGAAGCUGUCGUUCGAGGUUUGGGACACGAAGGCAGAGGAAUCGGGUGGGCAUAUGACGAUCUUCGCGAAAAUUAAGGUACCGGGAAAGAAAGAUAGUUUGAACCAGGUGUGGCAAGUGGGGCCCUCCGUCACCAACGGUGUGCCGGAUAGGCAUGACCUUGCGACGGCGAAUAUGAAAUCAAAAGGUACUCUGAGUUUGACCCGAGUUCAGAGUUCGACCGGAGGUGAGAGUUCCACUAGCGGUGGAGUAGACUCAACGACGAAGAAGAGGAAUAUUCAUGGAGUGCUAAAUGCAGUGAGCUGGGGCAUUCUAUUUCCUCUUGGAGCAAUCAUAGCAAGGUAUCUAAGAACCUUCCCAUCUGCAGAUCCAGCAUGGUUCUAUCUUCAUGCUUUCUGCCAGGUUUCUGCUUAUGCCAUCGGAGUAGCUGGCUGGGCCACCGGUCUUAAGCUCGGAAGCGAAUCCCAGGGCAUCCAAUAUUCCGGCCAUCGCAACAUUGGCAUUGCCGCCUUCUGUCUCGCUACAAUACAGAUUUUUGCAUUGUUCGUACGACCACAGAAGGAUCACAAGUAUAGAUAUUACUGGAACAUCUAUCACCACAGCAUUGGAUACAGUGUGAUUAUCCUAGGAAUCAUUAACAUAUUCCGAGGAUUCGACAUCCUGAGACCCGAACAGAAAUGGAAGACAACCUACGUUAUAGUAAUUGCUGCACUGGGAGGAAUUGCCUUGUUCUUGGAAGUCAUCACUUGGAUUAUUGUGUUGAGGAGAAAGUCUAACAAGUCUACAAAGCCCUAUGAUGCAUACAACAAUGGACAAAACCGGCAACAGCCCUUUGCCGCAUGAUUGAACCGGUCCGUUCUGGUCCAGUCCGGCGCUCCGGUUGGCCCUGUCAUGUCAGCUUCUGAUUUUGUAGUAUUGAGAUGUUAUAUGACUGCUUCUAUUUGUUACAUAGCUUGUGUUUUUUGUACCUUGCUUGGUUUGACUGAAUAGAGAUUCUUAUUUAGUAUAUAUGUACAGAUUCUUCA